AUGUCUUCACGGGCUCUGAGACGGGCGCAACGAGAGCUUGAAGAAAAACAGAUUCAGGAAAGACUGGCACAGGAAGAGCAAAAUGACGAUGAGUCAGAAGAAGAGAUUGCGCCCAAAGCCAGUGCAAAGCCCAGUUUAUUUGCUAUGCUAGGAGGCAGUGGCGACGACGACGAUGAAGACCAAGAUGAUCCAGAAGACGAUGUUGGUGUCAAUCCAGAGAGCCAAGACAAGAUCGAAGUCGCGAAUGCGCCCGCCAAAAAGUCGUCGAAGAAGAGCAAGAAAAAGAAAAAGAAAGCCAAAUCCAAGACUGCAACUGCAAACCCGGACAUAGGUGCUGCUACGCAAAAAAAGGCGUCGACCCUUGACGAGAUUGAUCAAGCGCUGCUUGCACUAAACCUCAGUGCCGAUGGGCAAUCGGGCGAUAUAACAGGCGAACAAGACGUAAUGAGCAUAGAAAAGCAGCAACUGUUCAAAGUUCUGGGCAUAGACAAUCAACACUUGCACGCCGCGAAUGAAAUGAAGAAGCUUUUUGGCCGUGCAGCUCUCCAAGCCACAGAAGAGGAGGCACGACCACGACAGCGUGGAGGGCCGCAAGGUGGUAUCGCUGCUGCAGUAGCUGGACGGAAUGCUCCUGGAAAUCGAAACCUCGCAUCCCUUGCUCUGCGACGCAACAUUUUCAUUCAGGGCAAAGAUGAGUGGCCCCGUGCUACUUCUGGGGGACUUGGUAUGGAGCUUGUAGAAAAGCGCGCGGAUGGCAGUGUUGAGUACAGAUUUGUGCACAACGGGAUAUAUCAGGAAGUUCAGCGGCAGUUUCAAAUAUGCGUAGGGAGCAUGGAUCCCGAGCGCAUGGUUCAGCUGUUACAUCACAAUCCCUACCAUAUUUCCACUCUACUCCAAGUCUCUGAAAUCGCAAAACAACAAAGGGACAAUGCUACGGCGUCGGAACUUUUGGAACGCGCCCUCUUCACUUUCGGUCGAUCCGUACAUUCCACUUUCUCGGCCAAUUUAGCUGCUGGUAAAGCCCGGCUCGACUUCCGCCGCGCAGAAAACCGCGAGUUCUGGCUUGCUGUAUGGCGGUACAUUAUGACACUAGGUGUUCGAGCCACCUGGCGGACAGCUCUAGAGUGGGCUCGACUGCUGAUAGCCAUGGACCCUGAGCAAGAUCCCUACUGUCUUCGUCUCCUCAUUGACCAGCUGGCGCUAAGAGGUCGGGAACCUCAAGCUGUGAUCGACUUGGUAGAAGCAGACUACCUACAGCGACUGUGGAAAGUGCCACCGAAUCUUGCCUUUUCGGUAGCCCUCGCGCAUGACCGCCUCAAGCAGCCCCAGCAAGCGCGAUCUACACUUCGAAAUGCAAUCAAGGAGUAUCCUUGGUUAGCUGCUCGGCUGUGUAGGGAACUCGAAAUCUCUCCGAUACCUAAGCCAAUAUGGGGUCGGGAGCCGAAUGGAAACUAUCAAGAGCUUCUGUGUCAGAUGUACGUACCCAAGGCAAAAGAUCUCUGGAACACAACAGAGGGAACCAGCCUACUUGUAGAGGUCUGCUACUCAUUCGAAGAGGAGCUGGGUACAGGAGAAGAUCCUUACUGGUUGGCUCCCAUACCAGAGACCGAUUUGGCACGACACGUCAUACUGUCUGACGACCAGAGUCUUAUGGCUCUUCUCGAUACUCGGAUCAAGACAAAGUACACUUCAGUUUCGGACCCGCUCCCUCCAGACGACAGUAUCAACUCAUAUGACGUAUCUGCCGUUGGAUCAGAUCUACCAGGCCACCGCCCCCGUGCCAACCGGGAAGAUCUAUUGGCCGAGCUGGAAGAAUUCCGCCGGUAUUUUGAGGGCUUCGAUAUUGCCAACUUGAUGGGUGAUGAACCGAAUCCGGAGGGCAUAGUCAACGCACUACGGGAGGCGGGCACCAGCUGGGCGGAGUACAACAGAAAUCUGGAGCGCUUUCAGUUGUUGCGGAUGAGGCUACAGCAAGAAGGUGUUCAUAUUGUGUUCCAGGAGCCAGAUGAGGGGGGUCGUGGAGUCGGCACGGACUCUGAGACUGACGAGUAG